CAUGCAUCGAGGAAGCGAAAACUGGCUCGUCGUGCAGUAGCAUGCCGCUUAUUACCAGGGCCGUGGCUGACAGCAACAGUGAAUCCUCUUUGCCGGUUGACAUACGCCACUGUCUGUGUACCGUAACUCCAGUCAGUCCUGAACCACAGACAGACACCAACUCGAAGUCCAAAGUGUAUCACCACUUCUCCUGCGGCACCAAACUCGGCAGUACGACUUGACAUGGCAGGAGCUGCGACUGUGACCAUGCGAUAGCCAAGAGGAACACUCAAGAAUCACCCCGCCACAGGAAGUCGUUGCGAUCU